AUGGCUUCAGUUGAGAAAAAUAAUAAUUCUCUUAUGGAUGAUGUAGAUUCAGUGGUGGCUGUAGGUGAAGACAUGGCCUUGCAAGGACCAUCUGACACGAGCAUCGUUCCUGUAUAUGAGGCAGAGGUGACGGCGACCAACGAAUUGGACGAUGAGCUGAAGAAGUUAGAAGAGAUACAAAACGAACUUCAGAGAGAAUACAUUACAGGUCCUUUACAAAAAAGUAUUAAGGCAGAUUUUAACAGUGUGUACGUGGGGAACGUGGAUUACGGGACGACGGAUGCUAUUCUGAAGGCCCAUUUCCAUGGCUGCGGCAUAGUCAAGAGGGUCACCAUACCUGUGAACAAGUUUAACGGCACUCCAAAGGGGUUCGCCUACAUCGAGUUCUCUGAGCCUUCAUCAGUGGAGUUGGCCAUGACUUUGGACCAGUCUCUUUUGCGCGGAAGAAAGAUCAAAGUGGUCCCGAAGAGGACAAACAAACCUGGAUUCUCCACCAACCGUCCGCCCAGAAGUGAUGCAUUCAGUUACCACAGCAGAGGUACACUCAGACCCAGCAGAGAUUACACAGGAAGGAUCCCUCAUACUCGUAGCUACGGCGGAGUUAGCCGCUUCACUCCGCAAUUUUUCCUAGGACAAGCAUCUAACAGAUUACAAAAGGUACCAGGAGUGGUAGACCCAGCAAAGGUUUUACCGGAAGGUUUGCUUGUCCUCGUGGAUACGGCGGUUAUAGAGGAAGAGUUAGCCGCUUCACUCCGUACUAAUAAUAAUAAUUUUCAGGAAAUCCACUUCAUAGUACAAGUAUCUAACGGAUUACAAAAGGUUUAA